CAUCACUAUAUAUAAGCGGGCCAUAACCUUCUUUUGCACUACAAAUCAGUUUUUUACUUGAAUUUUCUUCAUCCUUCUCUGUUCUCCUAGAACUUGAUUACUUGAACAUUCCCUAUGACAGAUGAGGUGGUUCUUCUGGAUUUCUGGCCAAGUCCAUUUGGGAUGAGGGUCAGGAUUGCACUUGCUGAAAAGGGUAUCGAAUAUGAGUACAAAGAAGAGGACUUGAGGAACAAGAGUCCUCUUCUCUUACAAAUGAACCCGGUUCACAAGAAGAUUCCGGUUCUCAUCCACAAUGGCAAACCCAUUUCCGAAUCCCUCAUUGCUGUUCAGUACAUUGAGGAGGUUUGGAAUGACAGAAAUCCCUUGUUGCCUUCAGACCCUUACCAGAGAGCUCAGGCUAGAUUCUGGGCUGAUUAUGUUGACAUUAAGAUACAUGAUCUUGGAAAGAAGAUUUGGACAUCAAAGGGAGAAGAAAAAGAAGCUGCCAAGAAGGAGUUCAUAGAGGCCCUUAAAUUGUUGGAGGAACAGCUGGGAGAUAAGACUUAUUUUGGAGGAGACAAUAUUGGUUUUGUGGAUAUAGCACUUGUUCCAUUCUACACUUGGUUCAAAGUCUAUGAGACUUUUGGCAGCCUCAACAUUGAGAAUGAGUGCCCCAGGUUUGUUGCUUGGGCCAAGAGGUGCCUACAGAAAGAGAGUGUUGCAAAGUCUCUUCCUGAUCAGCACAAGGUCUAUGAGUUCGUUGUGGAGAUAAGAAAGAAGUUAGUCAUCGAGUAGGUUUCAUGUUGGAUCUUAAUAGCCAUAGUGAAGUAUUGGUCGUUCUUGACCUUUCAACUAAAUAAUAUUUGUGUAAUAAAAAGGCAUUUGGAUGUGCCAAACUUCAUGCUUUCUGUAGGAUUGUGUAGGUUUUAAAAUUUUUCUGAUGUAUCUUUCAUGUGUUUGUUGGUUUUGCAAUAGAGUAUUUUCCGUAUUAUCAUAUA